AUGUCCCAUCCCACUCCUCUGACCACCACAAUCCGCAAUCCCCGUCUGCGCCUGCUUAACAAAUUGCGCCGAAAUGAAUACCCCCUUAUGACAUUCAUGGCUUUGCCAUCUGUGCGCAUUGCCCAGAUCCUCUCACUCACCGGCCUAGACGGUAUAAUCAUCGAUUGCGAACACGGCCACAUCUCCGACGACAGCAUGCACAACGCCGUCGCCGCAAUCUCCGCCCUAGGCGUCUCCCCUAUAAUUCGCAUCCGCGGGCCAGCGCAUGAUAUCAUAAAACGUGCGCUAGAUACAGGCGCGCACGGGAUCAUGGUCCCUCAAAUCAACAACGCGGAUGAAGCGAGGGCGAUCGUGGCUUCUUCAAAGUUCCCGCCUCAGGGGCUCCGCGGUCAGGGCUCCGCAUUCCCGGCGAUAGGGCACGGCCUUACGACACCUGAAUACAUGAAAUCCGCAAAUGAGACGAUUAUCACAAUGAUCCAGAUUGAGACAAAAGACGGAGUCAAGAAUGUCGAGGAGAUAUGUGCGGUGGAAGGGGUGGAUAUGGUGUUCAUCGGGCCGAAUGAUCUGGCGAUGAGUCUGUUGGGGUAUGUCCCUGCUAGAGGGGAUGAGCCUGUGUUUGUUGAGGCUGUAGAGAAGGUCAUUUCUGCGGCGAGAAAGUAUGGAAAGUGGGCAGGGAGGAUGGUCAAUGAUGGGACUAUUGCGAAGGCCGAGAGGGAGAGGUUCGACACCGUCGCGGUAACGGGGGAUACCAAGGCGAUCACGAAUUGGUAUGUGAAAGAGUUUGAUAUCGCUAGAUCGUAG